CAGUAUUCGUUUACACCGCUAAGAUUUUUUUGGCGACUUUUUUUAGAAUUUUGAAAAUUACUUUUGGAGUUCAAAUAAACCUAUGAUAAUUAUUAUUAAAAACUAUUUUGAUUAUAGAAAAAUUCUGAAUAUACUUUGAAAAGUAUGUUUAUGGUAUUAUAUCUUAUAACCAAACGAGAUGAAAGCAUAUAAGCCAUUGCGUUGGCAACCCGAUGUUUCUUUAGUUGGAUCGAAAGAACAGCUUCCAUACAAUAACGAUACAGAAAAACUACGUAAUAAAUAUGGGAUAGAAGUUGAUGGAGAAAAUGUUCCGGCUCCAAUGCUGUCAUUUGAAGAAAUGGAACUUCCUUACUGGUGUAUGAAUUACCUUAGUGAAAAACUAAAAAUUUACAAGCCUACUCCAAUUCAGAUGCAAGCUAUAUCAUGCAUAUUAAACAAUCGUGAUGUUAUUGGUCUGAGUGCAACUGGAUCUGGAAAAACAUAUGCUUACCUUUUACCAAUUUGUGGUUUUUUAAAUAAACAGAAAUAUAAUAUACAAUCAGAAAUAUCUCCUUUAUGUUUAAUAGUUGUUCCCACACGUGAAUUGAUGAAUCAAGUCAGAAAUAUUUUUAUAGAAGUUCUUUCAAAUAUGCCUAUUGAUAGAGAUAAUUUAUAUUUCAAAGGGCCAAACCAAAUUGCAUUAGAAACUGGAUAUCAAUAUCCUCAAACUAACAUUUAUAUAUCAAACAUGUAUCAGUUACCUUUACAUGAUGUGCAGCAUCAGACAUUAAAAAACAGUAUUGAUAGUUUACAAAUGCUUAAUUCAAAUAUAAAAACAAAUAAUAAUUUUAAAACUGACUGGGUAAGUAAUAGAUGUGUUGCAGGUUUUUGUGGUGGCACAUCUGUUAGUCAUGAUGUAUCUCAAUUGGGACCAUAUACUAAAGUUGUUGUCUCCACUCCAGGUAGGCUUAUUGACCUUUGUGAGCGAAACCUUUUGUCUUUAGCUGGUAUUAAAUAUCUAGUUAUUGAUGAAUGUGACAGAAUGCUUGAUGAAUUUGGAAUGGAGGAACAAUUACGUAAGAUUAUUGCGUUGGUAACUAUAAACAAAAAUGAUAUACACACCUCCCUUUGGUCAGCUACAUUACCUGCAUCAUUGGAACGUAUUGCAAGAUCUGCAACCAUAAAUCCUGUUUAUAUUUGUACUGGCGUUGAAAUGAGUGUUCCUCAAAAUAUUACACAAAAUGUUAUUUUUAUGCAUACUUACAUGAAACAUAAACACUUACUAGAAACUUUACGUAGAACACCUUACCCUCCAGUUAUCAUUUUUACAAACUCAAAAGCUAAAGCAGACAGUUUAACUGAAUUUUUACUGGCUGAACAGUUUCAUGUUGCUGCUAUACAUUCUGAUAAAACACAAUUAGAACGUAAUCAAGUUCUGUCUGAUUUUAGAGAGAACUUAUUUGAUGUACUUGUUGCAACUGAUUUAAUGAGUAGAGGACUUGACAUAGUAACAGUAACACAUGUUAUAAAUUUUGACACUCCUGAUACUAUAGAAGAUUAUAUUCAUAGAUGUGGUCGUACUGGUCGUUUUGGACGGCCAGGCUUAGCGACCACUUUUUUAACUCUAGACUGUAAAAUCAGUAAAGAACUUAAAGACCUACUGGAAGCCUCUAAAAGUGACAUUCCUAUAGAAUUAAACGAUUUAAAAAAUUUUGGUAAAAAAAUUUUAGUUACAGACAUGGGCGAUAAAGUUUGUGAAUAGUUUUAUAAAAAUUGAUAAUUAUUGUUUUGUAUAGUUACAAGAAUUAGAAUCUAAAUAAAUUAA